UCACACUUCCAACAACUGAUAAACAUAAUUGUGUUGAGCAAUAUACGGCAUGGACUUUCAUCGGCGUUAUGAUAGGAGUAGUUAUAGUAUUCAUUUUGAGGACAGUUUUCAAAAUAUGUCAGUGCAAUAUCACAACAAGAGGUUACACUAGAGCAGAUUGGCGUGGAAGGUGUUGCAUCUGUAGAACAAAAUGCUACUUUGCUACGAAACUUUCCAUUGGUAUAUCAUUGAUUGUUCUCGUCAUUAUUAUUCCCUAUGUGAGUGGGUUACUGGAAAAUUGUUGCAAAGAUAAAGAAUAUUUCAUUAUAUUUGGCGUUUGUAUGGUCUUUAUGUUUGUAGUAUGUCUUUUGAUUCCAAGAACAGGUGAACAAAAUGAACAGCCAGCAGACUUAGAAACGAAUAUCCAACAAUUAUUAAGUAGGGAGAAUGAAGUGGAAGAAAAGAAUAAAUCAGAAGAAGAAGAAUGAACACACUAAACAUAAAAAAAAUACUGACAUAUAAUCAACAACAAUAGUUCUGCAUACAGAAAAAUAUUAGAUAAAGCAAAAUAAAUCCAACAACAA